CUACCGUCAGAUUUGACGUUUCACUUUAUUUAUAAUGACAGAUCGUUUUGUUAUGCUAGCUCGCACUACAGUACUUACUCUUGUUAAUUAUUUAAAUUUAAAUAAUAUAUCUUGCUAAAGUAUGGAUUUAUUGGAAAAAGAAUGGUAUAUUCAAGCUCCGUGGGGCAGGAUAGCAAUUAUAGCAUGGGGUAACUGCUUCGACCCUCCCGUCCUGCUAUGCCACGGCAGUGUAGACUCGGCUGUCAGCUUUAAACCCCUCAUCAGCAAACUGCCGAAGAACUUCUAUUACAUUGGUGUGGAUCUGCCAGGGAAUGGCAAAUCGGACAGGAUGCUACCAGGCCUGAUGAUAAGCGUCACGGAUAUGGCGUACGCUAUCAAUGCCGUAGCUAAACACUUUAGGUGGAAGAAGUUUACCUUCAUUGGACAUUCAUUUGGAGCUUUUCUAGGUCAGAUGUUCAACAUUCUCUAUCCAGGGAGAUUGAACAAAUUGGUGAACUUGGAUCCGAUCAAUUUCUUCGCGACUCCACCACAGGAUUUCGGUAAAUGGUACCAUUCCCGUUUCACAAACUUUUAUAAGAACUACGAAAAGUUCAAUACGCCUGUGGAAAAUGGACCGAGAGUUAAAUGGACUGAGGCGUUACAAUCUUUAAGAAGUAACCGUCCGAGUUUGAGUGAAGAGAAUGCUAUCGCAGUUCUCGAAAGACUUUCGGAGCCAGCCGGAGAUGGAUAUAUCAGAUACACAUACGAUUUACGCAUCAAAUGCAUGCACUUUCCAGCCUUCUCGCCUGAACAUGUGAAGAAAUUAUUCACGAAUCACGACACGCCAAUUCUAACGGUCGCGUGUAAAAACUCCUUGGAUAAGAAACUCUUUCGAAACACGGCCUUUUUGCUCGACGAGGCUGAAUAUCCGUCAGGCAACUUACGUUUUAGAUCUGUGGCAGGAGGCCAUGACGUUCAUAUUUCGAAUCCCGAUAGAGUUGCUGUCUAUGUCAGCCAGUUUCUUCUCUAUGGUUUGGAAGGAAUGGACAAUAAAGCUAAGUUAUGAUUUGUUGAUUACUAUUGUGUCUAUGGCAGCGGUAAACUUGAGCAGUUACAUUAAGAAGAUAGAAAUAUUAUUAUUAUUGGCCAUACGCUAGGAUAUUCUCUUAUGUCGUGGGUGCGUUUACAAACAUAUAAAUUCAUAUACACAUCACACCCAGACCCGGAACAACAGUUUCUUGAUCACACAAAGAGUUGUU